AUGACGAUCGCCGCCCCCAAGAUCCCCACCGCGUCCACCGCCAGCGUCGACACCGACCACAACCUCUUGACCGUGAACGGCCCCAGUUCAGCGCCACCUACAGGCUCAGCGUCUGCCACCCGCGCCAACUACCACAGCACGCUUUCCUCCACGCUCGCCAAUCUCGAGCUCAGCUCCGAAAACCAGUAUCAUGACCUCCGCAAUGAAGACCUCAAGGAUCUGCACGAGCUCGGCCAGGGCAACGGCGGCAGCGUCAAGAAGGUCGAGCACCUCCCCACCAAGACCAUCAUGGCGAAGAAGAUUGUCUUGAUAGACGCAAAGCCCUCGGUCCGGAAACAGAUCCUUCGCGAGCUGCAGAUUAUGCACGACUGCCACUCGAACUACAUCAUCUCCUUCUACGGCGCGUUCAUCUCCGAUCCUAAUAUCUGCAUGUGCAUCGAGUACAUGGACAAGGGCUCCCUCGACGGCAUCUACAAGAAGAUCGGGCCCAUUGAUAUCGAUGUUGUGGGCAAGGUAGCGCUCGCCGUGCUCGAAGGCUUGACCUACUUGUAUGACGUCCACCGAAUCAUCCACCGCGACAUCAAGCCGUCGAACAUUCUCUUCAACUCACGAGGGCAGGUCAAGAUUUGUGACUUUGGUGUGUCCGGUGAACUUAUCAACUCCAUUGCGGACACCUUCGUCGGGACGUCGACAUAUAUGAGUCCUGAACGUAUCCAGGGCGCGCAGUAUACGGUCAAGUCUGACGUCUGGUCGCUCGGCAUUUCCUUGAUUGAACUCGCUCUCGGUCGCUUCCCCUUUGCAGAGUCUUCCUCGGACGACUCCGAUCUCUCAGACUUCGAGGGCACAUUGUCGCCCAGUCGACCGCACCCGUUGAGGACCCUCACGAAGGAGCAACGGGACAAGAAGAAGAAGCGGAAGAGCAAGGGUGUCAGUCUCCAGGGCGGCGGUAUGACCAUGUCCAUCCUCGAGCUUCUCCAACACAUCGUCAACGAGCCCGCUCCCCGACUGACUCCCGAGGGUCGGUUCCCGAAGGAGGCGGAUGACUUCGUGGAUAGCUGUUUGUUGAAGGACCCCGAUGCGCGGAAGACCCCCAAAGACCUCCUCAAACACCCAUGGAUCGAGCGCUCGCGGACCGCGACUAUUGACCUCGAGAUAUGGGCGUCGACAUUCUAA